UUUCUCACUCCGUUUCUGCAAUGGUCUGAGCCACAGACUGUAUGUUUAUGGUUUUGUCAUGUAGCAUUAGCUACUGCAACUGUAACACUACCUGUAGCCUAGCAGUGUGGGAAGCAGGGAAACAGGUUUCCUAUUAGAAGGCCCAGCUUUUUGUGUGGUGACAGUGACAGGCUGCUUAUACGGGCCAAAAAACAAACAAACCCAAAAAACAAUUGAUACUAUGCUUGCUCACAUUGGUUGCUAGAAAACAGCUAACUGUGCUAAUUUAGUGACAAACUGUAUAUUUAGCCAUAUUUUUGCAUGUGCUUUGAUACAGUGAGCACAGCUACGAAUGGAUAGAGAGUUAAAAAAUGUUUUCAUGCUUUAUAAACGAUUAAACUGAGUCUUCAAUAGAUCCAAGCUGACAGUUGCUAACUAGCAAGCCAGAAACUUCUCAGAGCCAUCUUUCAUCUGGGGAAUCGUGGUUCUUGUCAGACCCGUCACCUCCACCGCCUGCCCGCCAACCCCUGGUGACGUGUGGAGUAUGUGCACGCGACAACACACCGGAGACGCGCGCUCGCGGACCAGAGAGAGACCAGCUGAGCAGCUGAGGGAGGGAGGAGUGCAGAGUCCAUGAGAGAGAGGAGAGAGAGAGAGAGAGAGAGAGAGAGAAGGAGAGAGAGAGAACGAGAGAGAGAGAGAGACCAGCACCGCAUUGACAGGAAACACGGAGUCAGAGCUCCGGUGAAGCCGACAGUACGGAGGAGGUGGAUAGUUUCUAAUGCCGCUGCAGAGCUGACGGUGCCCGGUGCAGCAGCGGCCAGAGGAGCAGCACAGGCUGAGCGUCAGGCUGAGUCAGAGCUGAGCAGCGAGUUCCCAUCUUGAACAGUUUCCCAGCAAGCAUUUAGAAAACCACUUGUUCUGCCUGAACUGCCUUUGCUGGGAAAUACUUAAUGGUAAACCGUGUCUCUCCCUGCUGCAGUCCCAUCUCAGUCUUCUUCCAAAGAACUGACAUACAUGGAGUCUGGCUGGAUUGAUAGAGAUGGAGAUACAACACACUCAGCCAGCACUGCUUGUUACCUGGACGCAAGAGCUGCACUGAGAGAGGUCUGCUAAGCGGUUACGGCAGAGUGGGUAGACAGGCAAAAGAUAAGUGUGCACAUCAGUGAAGGUCCUCGGGGCGGCUGUCAGGAGAAGCAUCUAGCCAGUCAGGAGAGGUGAGGGGUGACGCCGGCCAAUCGGAGGGGGAGAGAUGUUGGGGCAGGGCGGGCAUGCGGCCCUGGCUCUCAUGUCAUUACUGAUACUACUGUGGCACGAGGCAGCACCCAUCGAAGUCCCACAAGACCCAAAGAUCCUGCAAGACUUGAAGCAGCCCCCCACUAUAGUGAAGCAGUCAGUGAAGGACUACAUUGUUGACCCCAGAGAUAACAUCAUCAUUGAAUGUGAGGCCAAGGCCAACCCUGUGCCAACGUUCUCAUGGCGAAGGAACGGGAAGUUUUUCAACAUCGGGAAAGAUCCUCGGGUGACGAUGCGGAAACGCUCCGGAACCCUAGAGAUCGGUUUCCGCAGCGGAGGACGACCAGAGGACUAUGAGGGAGAAUAUCAGUGUUUCGCCACCAAUGAACAUGGAGUGGCUAUUUCCAACAAAAUCCUGCUGCGCGUCUCCAAGGCUCCUCUGUGGCCUAAGGAGGUGCUGGAGCCAGUGACAGUGACUGAAGGCCACCCGCUGGUCCUGCCCUGCAACCCCCCACCAGGCCUGCCUCCUCCAUUCACCUUCUGGAUGAACAGCGGUAUGUCUCCAAUCCCUCAGGAUAAGAGAGUAUCCAUGGGUCUAAAUGGAGACCUGUACUUUUCCAAUGUUUUGGCCCAAGAUGCCCAGACUGACUACAGCUGCAACGCUCGCUUCCUCUUCACACACACCAUCCAGCAGAAGAACCCUUUCACACUCAAAGUUCAGACCAAGGAGCCGUAUAACGACACAUCUUACAAUGCCACUGACCCCUACGGUGGCCGUAAAGUAGCUGAGUCCACACCGACCUUCCUCUCACCGUCAGGGAGUGAGAGCUCCAAAAUGGUGCUACGAGACGAGCAACUGCUGCUGGAGUGUAUCGCUGCUGGACUUCCCACACCUACCAUCAAGUGGUUUAAGAAGGGCGGAGACCUGCCAGGAAGGAAAGUGAAGUUUGAGAACUACAACAAGACCCUGAAAAUUAUCAACGUGUCAGAGGAGGAUGCUGGGGAGUAUGUAUGCAUGGCCAACAAUCAUUUAGGCAGCAUACGCCACUCCAUCUUUGUUCAGGUCAAAGCGGCUCCUUACUGGCUGGACAAACCAACAAACCUGGUGCUAGCCCCGGAUGAGAAUGGGCGCCUUGUGUGCCGGGCCAAUGGCAACCCUAAACCUAACAUCCAGUGGCUGGUCAAUGGCCAACCUAUUAACAACUCUCUGCCCAACCCGAGCCGUCAGAUGAUGGGUGACACCAUCAUCUUCCGCUCAGUGCAGAUGGGAAGCAGUGCUGUCUACCAGUGCAACGCCUCCAACCAGCAUGGUUAUCUGCUGGCCAACGCCUUCGUCAGCGUCCUUGACAUGCCUCCAAGGAUGCUGGGCCCUAAAAACCAGCUGAUUAAAGUCAUUGAGAACAACAGAACCUUCCUGGACUGUCCCUUCUUCGGUUCCCCUCUGCCAGAGUUACGCUGGUUUAAGAAUGGACAGGGCAGUGGCCUGGACGGUGGUCAGUACCGUGUUUACAUCAACGGCUCUCUGGAGAUCAAACGGGCCCGAGCAGAGGAUGAGGGCACUUACACCUGUGUGGCCAACAGCAUCAUGGGCACGGCCGAGAACCAGGUCCGCCUGGAGGUCAAAGAGCCCACUCGUAUAGUUCGAGCCCCUGAGCACCAGUCAACCAUCAGAGGCUCCAUGGCUCGCUUCGACUGUAAGGUGAAGUCUGAUCCCAGCCUACCCAUCACCGUGGCUUGGAUGAAGGAUGACAAGCCUCUCUAUCUGGGAUGGAGGAUAAAGAAGGACGAGGAGUCACUGACCAUCCCCAAUGUCAACGAGGGUGACGAGGGAACGUACACCUGUACUGUUAAAUCUGAGAUAGACCAGGACUCAGCUUCAGCCCGCCUCACUGUGUUAGAGGAAGCCUCCCUCAACCCCUCAGUCUCUAGUGCCUUGCCUCCAGACCGUCCAGACCCUCCCAUGGAUCUGGAUCUGUCAGACCCAGCAGCCCGCAGCGUUCGCCUCACCUGGAUUCCUGGAAACGACCACAGGAGCCCCAUCACACAGUUCUUGGUCCAGUUUGAGGAGGACCACUGGGACCCGGGUAGAUGGCAGGACCUAUCCACUUACCCCGGGGACCUCAACUCUGUCAUCCUGCAGCUUGCUCCCUUCGUCAACUACCAGUUCAGAGUCAUUGCCAUCAAUGCAGUGGGCCAGAGUCAGCCCAGCCGCCCCUCACCACGAUACAAGACCAGCGGAGCUGCCCCAGAUGCCAUACCCAGAGGUCUACGAGGAUGGGGCUCCAAGAAGGACAACAUGGAGAUCAGUUGGGAGCCCCUGCUUGAUCUGGAGAGAAAUGGCCCGAACCUGCACUACAGUGUGUGGUGGAGACGGAAGGAUUCAGGGGAGGAGUGGAAUAACGUGACCACGGUGGGGUCCAAACAUGUCGUCCAAAACACAGAAACAUAUGUGCCUUAUGAGAUCAAAAUCCAGGCCAGGAAUGAGUUUGGAUCAGGACCUGAGUCUAAUAUGGUCGUUGGAUACUCUGGAGAGGACAAGCCCACCGACCCUCCCACUGAACUGCGGGUGUUAAAGGUGGACAGCACCAAAGCGAACAUCCAGUGGAAACCUGUGGACCUUAACUCUGUCCAGGGAGAGUUCAAGGAGUACAGACUGUACUACUGGCGCGAGUCCAGUCAGGUUCCGGGUCUGGUGGUCAGUAAGGAGAACAAGACCAAAGGUUUCUACAGCACUGUGGCUGAGCCGUCUGGCAUCCUCAGCAACCUGGUGCCCUACUCGCGAUACAAGAUGCUCAUGGUUGUGGCCAACAACGGCUACGAGGGUCCACCCAGCAACACGGUGGACUUCACCACUAAGGAGGGAGUGCCGGAUGCUCCCAGGUCCUUCAGGAUUAAUCGGAGGAGUUUUGAUACUCUCCACCUAGAAUGGGACAAACCUCUGGAGCCCAAUGGCAUUCUGAUUGGAUACCAGCUCAAGUACCAAACAGUCAAUGGUUCCAGGGUGGGUCGUCCCCAGCUGGAGACUUUCCUUCCUAACAUGACAGAGUUCACCCUUCGUCUGCAAGACCGAUCUACCCGCUACAAGUUCUACCUCUCAGCGCUCACCCAGGUGGGAGCAGGGGAGGUCUUUGCUGAGGAGUCCCCACACUUUGCCAACGAGGAAAACUUUACUGAUGCUACAGGUCUAGUUGAGCUUACCGACGCCUCUGUGGCUUCAGCUCUCACUCCUACUCCUCCUCCUAUUGCUCCUCUUCCUCCUACUACCAUCGCUCCUACAACCAUUAGUACCUCAACUACUACCACUCCUACAACAACGACUCCUACCACUACUACUACUACCACCACCACCACCACUACAACUGAGGCGACCACUACUACUACACCUCCUGUGCUGAUCUCCCACAAGCAUACCGACAAUGUGUUGGUGGUCCCUGGGCGGGAGAUCUGGAAUCUGACGGUGGAGCCUAACAGUAACUACACUAAUGUCAGCUGGAGACACAACUUCCCGGCCGACAGCAGCGAGUUUGUGCUAGAGUUCACACUGGACAGCAACAAGACGAUGAAAAUUGUACCAGUGAAAGAGCCCCCCAUUACAGUGACGGAUCUGAUCGCAGGCGCCAAGUACCAUCUGAGGGUUUACUCCCAUGAGCUCAACAGCGUCAGCAGCAAAUCUAUCACCUUUAAGACCAAAACAGCCUACAUAGACCAGGUAGACAUAGCCACUCAAGGCUGGUUCAUCGGCUUGAUGUGUGCCAUCGCUCUCAUCAUACUGAUCCUUCUUAUCGUCUGCUUCAUCAAGAGGAGUCGCGGGGGCAAAUACCCAGUCCGUGAUAAAAAAGAUCUCCCAUUGGACCCUGUGGAUCAGAAAGACCAGGAUGGAUCCUUUGAUUACCACAGCGAUGAAGACAACAAGCCUCUGCAGGACAGCCAGACAUCGCUGGAGGGCAACGUGAAGGAAAGCGACGACAGCCUGGUGGACUACGGCGAAGGCGGUGAUGGGCAGUUCAACGAGGAUGGCUCUUUCAUCGGCCAGUACACGGUGAAGAAGGACAAGGACGAGACGGAGGGCAACGAGAGCUCCGAGGCCACCUCACCCGUCAACGCCAUCUACUCACUGGCGUAGCGCUGUAGCGGCACAUCGGGGACUCAGUGGCACCCUCUGAUCUGAGGGCGUUAUGACAAACCACGACACCAUACACCAGACACAAACACACACACAUGAAUAUAUUAAUAUAUGAAUAUAUGAAACAAAUUAAACAGAAGAAUCACAGCAGGGCCAGUCUGGAGACUAUGUAGGCUUUCCUCUGCAGAUAAGCUGGAGGAAUACAGGAGUGGCACUAGACCACAAGCCUUUAUUUUACGUUUCCAGCUCUAAGAAAUUGGCCCUUCGGAGGUGACAUUUGGACAAAGUGGACAAGUGCUCGUUUUCCUGUGCGCUCUGCCUGCCCUUUACCCACACAGACUUGACGUGUGCCUUUGGGGCAGCUUUCAGCAUUUGGAGGCAUCAACAAGCAUUCUUUAGAGAUUUUUCUUUGGUUCAUUUCUGCUCUGAACAUUUUCAGUGUCUCUGCUCUCCUCCCUGAUUGGCCCCUCAUACCUCUGUGUAGCAUCCCGGUAAAGUAGACACAGAGGUUACACACACACACACACUCACACACUAGCCCCGUCCUGUAACAUAUCAGCUUCUAAACAUCAAACUCAACAGGAUGCUGGCAGAUAUGUUUAUCAUAUUGAUAUUUACGCAAUGAAAGAUUUUAGUUUUUCCACAGCUGGUAGAUGAGUCAUUGAAUCUUAAUGAAUGCUGUAUACAGUCCUGGCACACAUUUUAGUGCCCUGCAAAACUAUGCACUAUCACCUCCUCCAUACCAUUUUGGGUUUAAUCUGGUUAGGAAAGUACACAUUUUGGGUUUCCUUUUUUGUCACUCGCAGGCUAAAUCACAUGCUUUUAUUCACUUUGCCUUUUAUGAUGUGGUAGACGUGUUUUUCUUACCUCUAAUCCAAUGUUGUAGUGCAGAUGCUCAAAAUGGCCGACACAAGAAAAGCCAUUUCUGCCACAAGCAGCAAGCGCUGCUACAGUAUGUUGUAUGAAUCCCAUUUUUUAAAAAGACUAAGUAUAAAUAUUUUUUUUGGAGCAUGUAGUAAUUUAGUGAAAGAGACAUGAGAAGGCAAAAGAAAGGAAAGUCAGUUUUGCUUGAGAAACACCAGUAGAUCAGAACCCAGUGAAUUCCCUAGGUUGCAUGCAGGCUAAUGCUGCAUUCAUGUCAAAGGGAACAACUGUCAGUUGACAGUUAAAAUAAUGAAAAUUGUAAUUGUUCGGAGCUGUAAAGCUUCCAUGAUUCUGUUUGUCUGGUGACAUAGGUUUCUCAUUUGGUACACACAUAAAUAGGUGAGUGGUACUUUUAAAAGUAUGUUUUAUACCAAACCAAACAUUGCUACGUCAAUCCAACAUGGUGAUCACAUAAUCACUGUAUAUAUUAUUCUACCACUUUCCUACAGUCAUGUUCUUAUUGGUGACACCAGAUAAACUCCAAACUCUUCAACGAUGUUUUCAUCUUGUAAUAUAACGUCUAUGUUCUCUCCUGUAGGACAUGAAUGCAGCAUGAGAGGCUGGAAUCCUUAAAGGGAUAGUUCAGAUUUUUUGAAGUGAGGUUGUAUGAGGUA